AUGGGUCGCAUCCCCACUCCGCGCCCCGAUGCUCCCUCAGCUGGCCCCAACCCACAGGUCCAUGAGCAUGUGGCUCCCUUACACGCUGAGGCCGGCCGCGAGUUCGUGGAGAAACUCGUUGCCGAGGGCAAGAAGAACAAGGCCCCUGCGCCUGACGCCGGCAACAGCCAAGCUCCCCCCGCCAAAUGCUUCCGGACGGAAGUCCUUGGGGGGAAAGAGACUGGCAAGAGGCGCUACAAGAGCAAGCAGAUGCCGGUCGCUUUUGGCCCUGCGCUCAAGCUCUCCAAGAGCGCCAGCGGCUCGAAGCCUGAGGCCUCAACUCCUCCUCCUCAGCCAAGCCCGAAAAAGAAGAAGAAGAACUCCAACUCUUCCCCCUCCAAGGCCGCGCCGGAUGCUUCCGCGCCGGCUUCCUCUAUACCGCCCCCAGAAGCUCCUAUCCUUGAGCCAACCGGGGCCACCCCAACUCCGCCGCUAAGCCAAGGGCCCUCUGCGGCCAAGCCGACGCCGCCGCCAGAAGGCAGCAGGGUCCGCGUGUCUGAACCUUUCAAGGGGAAGGCCACGGCCUCCAACACUCCAUCCACCGGCCAGCAGUCCUUAGUGCUGCACGUCGGCCGCGCCGUUGCCGCGGUUGGAGAGAAGCCUACCAGCCUCCUGGGCCGGAUCACCGAGCUCAAGCGCGAAGGCCGCGAGCUUGGGCACCUUCUUGACUACGCCAAGAAGUGA